CAAUUUUUUUUUUUCUUUUACACUCACACUCUUUCAAGUCAGUCACUCUUCACAUUUCACUUUCUUCACCAUAAUGGAACAAAAUUAUUAUAAUUGUAAACAAGCAUUUAUUGAAUCACAAAUAAAAUUAAUUGAACAAGAUUUUACACCUUCAGAAAGAUGGUUGUCUAAGGCUGAAAGAGCAAGAGAUCAAAUACCAUUAUCCGUUAUUGAUUCUGUUUUAACAAAAUUGAAUACGAAUAAUAAAAAACAGCAUAAACAAAGCUUUAAUCGUCAAUCAAUUCGUCAAAUUCUUGAACAACUUCAAUAUCUUCGAGAUCAAAAAUUUAAAGAUGCUUUAGAAGGACGCGUUAGAGUUGAAAUAAAAGAAAAUUAUGAUGAUUUAAGUUGGAUCGAAUCAUUCCCUGAAAAAUGGCCAUAUGUUUCAAAUUAUGAAAUAGAUGAAGAACAAUUUGAAAGAUACGCUCCAUUACGUUCAUCUGUUCGCAAAUUACAAGAAGAAUAUAUUGCUAUCAAAGAGAAAUGCGAUCAUUACAAGUCUCUUUAUGCUCUCGUCGAACCAUUAGAUAAGUCAGAUAUUCAACAAAAUGUAAUAGCUAAAAAUGCUCCGGUGGUCAAUGAAAUUAAGAGAAUGCGAAUUCUUAUACCUAAAUUAAUGAGCACUCUGGAAAGAAGAUCAGAUUUUCUCAGUAAAAGACAACAAGAGCAAGGGCUAUCUAAAAAAGAAUAAAUUUAGACUUAUUCUACUUAUUCUUGAGUUAUAAUUUAGACCUUUAUAACCGCUUCCUUGAUAACUUGUAAUUUCUCAGAGUAUGGUUCUAAAGCUGGCUCUACAUAAUCUAUCAAGAAUUUAUCUACUUGUUGCGGAGCACGACCAAUAAAUGUCGUAGGUCUCAUGAGAGAAUCAAGCUGGAAAAAAAAAAUUAUAAAUAUUCAUUUUAAAAAGAAUUUAAAGUUCAUGAAAAUAUUAAUUAAUUUAAUUACUUCAUCAUAAAUUGGCUUGAAAU